CUCUUACAGGAACGACUCGAAUCCAAAGUCGUCUGGGUUCAUAUUUCAGCUCUAGCUUACUUCCCUGCGCUGGAUAUCAGACAAACAUUGUAGGUUCAAUAGCAAACCGCGGAGUGGAGUUUCCGCUGCCACUUGUUAAUCUUUAAUCAUUUUGUAUAAAACUAUCCGUUGGGUUUGAGAGCAUUUACACGAAAUAAACAUGAAUGAAAAGGUUGUCAUUUUAGACGGUGGUUUUGCAACAGAAUUAGAAGCGGGUGGGUUUAAGAUCCAGGGAGAUCCCUUGUGGAGUGCCAGAUUAAUUCACACGAAUCCGCAGGCUAUCAAAGACGUGCACUGCAGGUUUCUUUCGAGCGGUGCUGAUGUUAUCUGUACAGCUACUUAUCAGGCGAGUGUGGAGGGCUUUAUGAAGUUCCUGGGACUGAGCUCAGAGCAAGCUGUCCAGCUUCUCAUGUCAGGGGUGUAUCUUGCUAAAGAGGCAGCGCAGGAAUUUCAUCAAACCUGCCGUGAUCCAGAAAGGAAGAUGCCUUUAGUUGCUGCUUCUGUUGGACCUUAUGGCGCCUUUCUGCAUGAUGGGUCUGAGUACACAGGGGCCUAUGAGGAAACAAUGCACAUACAGGAUUUCAAAGCUUGGCACCGGCAACAGAUCCAGUGCUUGGUGUCAGCAGGAGUUGAUCUAAUUGCUAUGGAAACGAUUCCCAGCCAGAAAGAGGCAGAAGCUUUAGUGGAUCUUCUUCGAGAAUUUCCCAACAGCAAAGCCUGGCUCUCAUAUUCCUGCAAGGAUGAACAGUGCAUUUCCCAUGGAGAGAAGUUUGCAGAAGCUGUGAAGGUGGCCAGCAGGUCAGAUCAGCUGGUGGCCAUUGGGUUAAACUGCUGCCCUCCCACUAUGGUCAGUCCACUGCUGGCUUCUGCCAACAAAAACAAAGCGCCAGGUUUAAGCUGGGUUGUUUACCCUAACAGUGGAGGAGAAUGGGAUCACAGUACUGGGUGGAUAAUGCAGAAAACAAAAAGUUCACUUGCAGACUUCAGCUUAGAGUGGGAAGAACUGGGAGCUAAAUGGAUCGGUGGCUGUUGUGGAACUACCCCUUCAGACAUUGCAGAGCUAAAACAUCGGCUGCAUGAUCACAGUAACAGUAAAGAGGACCCUGCAGUGUGAGGGACCAUAUUAACUGAGUACGUGACAGAAACAUUGUACUGAUAGACUGUGUGAUUUCAAUGAUGUGAAUAAAAUAUAUACCAACACUGAA